AUGGAUGCAGCAAGAACUGCAGAAACCUCAUUCUUUAAUCGAUUCUCCUUCAUCACUAAUUCAAAUCCCUCAUUUCUAACUCUCUGUAACCCCCAAUUGAAAUUAUCCCCAAAGUUUCCGUCCAAAAGACUGCGAUGCAGCAUCAGUUGUACUUCGAGAAUUUUGUUCUUCAACUCGACUUUCAGUCACAAUACAGCAACUCCCUUACCUAUACUUGACGCUCCCUUACCUAUACUUGACGCAAAACAUAGAUGUUGUGGGAGUGAUAAUAAUGCGGAGUGUGCAGUUAAUUUCUGGGAGGUUUUGGUGAGGAAGGUGUUGGUGAUGGCAGCUGCGGCAAUUGGAGUGGUCGUGAUAAUGGGGUGCAGGAGAGUGUUAGCAAUUGAGGGGGCUUUGAAUGUGGGCUACGGGGUUUGGCAGCAGAGUUUGGUAGCGUUGAGGAGCUCCGGGCCUAAGGUUUUGCAAGUGCUGAUGGUUUUUAAAGAGCAGGGAUUGAUACUUGCUGCGCUCUUGGGACUCUCGGCAUUUUUCUCCAUGGCCGAGACCUCAAUCACUACACUCUGGCCUUGGAAGGUACGGGAGUUGGCUGAAAAAGAGUCCGAGAAUGGUGUUUUCAAAAUGCUACGCAAUGAUGUCACUCGAUUUCUGACUACUAUACUCAUUGGCACGACAGUGGUGAACAUUGGUGCUACAGCAUUAGUCACCGAGGCUGCGACAGCAAUAUUUGGUGAAGCUGGUGUGAGUGCAGCAACUGGAGUCAUGACGGUUGCCAUUUUGCUGCUCACCGAAAUUACUCCAAAGAGUAUUGCUGUUCACAAUGCCACCGAGGUUGCUAGGUUUGUGGUUAGGCCAGUGGCGUGGCUUUCCCUAGUACUGUAUCCUGUCGGAAGAGUUGUAACAUCUCUGUCAAUGGGAAUGCUAAAACUGCUUGGCUUGAAAGGAAGAAGUGAACCAUAUGUUACUGAAGAUGAACUAAAAUUGAUGUUACGUGGAGCAGAGUUAAGUGGGGCAAUUGAGGAAGAAGAGCAGGAUAUGAUUGAAAAUGUGUUAGAGAUAAAAGAUACACAUGUUAGAGAGGUGAUGACACCUCUUGUUGAUGUUGUUGCCAUUGAUGCCAGUGCAACAUUAAUCGAUUUUCAUAAUUCAUGGGUGGAUCAUCAGUAUUCCAGGGUACCUGUCUUCGAAGAACGUAUUGACAAUAUUGUUGGUAUUGCAUAUGCUAUGGAUCUUCUUGAUUAUGUGCAGAAGGGGGAACUACUAGAAAGUUCUGUAGUUGGAGACAUGGCACACAAACCUGCAUACUUUGUUCCUGAUUCAAUGUCUGUGUGGAAUCUUCUUAGAGAGUUCCGCAUCAGGAAGAUGCACAUGGCUGUUGUUCUCAAUGAAUAUGGUGGAACUGUUGGAAUAGUUACCCUUGAAGACGUGGUUGAGGAAAUUGUUGGUGAAAUUUUUGAUGAAAAUGAUUCAAAAGAGGAAAUCCAAAAGAAAACUGGUUAUAUUGUUAUGCGUGCUGAGGGCAUAUAUGAUGUGGAUGCUAAUACAUCAAUUGACCACCUUUCUGAAGACCUUGAUAUUAAAAUGCCAGAGGGCCAUCAAUAUGAAACGGUGUCUGGUUUUGUCUGCGAGGCAUUUGGAUAUAUCCCAAGGACAGGUGAAACCAUGAAAGUGGUACUUGAAAGAGCAAAUAGAGAAGAUCAUGGUGACUAUAAUGGGGUAGAAUCUGAACGACAAGAUGAAAAAGAAAAGACCCAAAUGUUUAAGCUGGAGAUAUUAGCAGGGAAUGCAAGAAAGGUUAGUGCCAUUAGAUUUGAACGUAUAAACCACGACGAUGCAGCGUCAGAGGAAACACACUUGGUUCCUAAAAUCAUGAAAAGAAAAUGGGGUAGCUCUGAAGACUCGGAUAGGGCAGAAAUAAACGAGGUUCCAUUUCAGGAGAUUGCAGAUAAAGCUGGCUUCUCUAAUAAUAAUGUGAAUUCUGUACAGGAAGACUGUGUUGAUCACUUAAGAUUAUUCAACGAUGCAAGAAUGUCAUUGGAAGCAUUGCAGACAGUGGCUGGCUUGUUUCGAGAUUCUAUGAGCAAACUAAGGAACUCUCCCUUUUGCUCUCUGCUUCUGCUUGAAAUGCAGUUGAAGAACAAGGAUGUUGAAGUUGAAGGGGAGAAUGACUGA